GAUUGGUUACUACCAAUCACUGAUGGGCUGUGACAGAAUGUUGAUGAGCUCGGGUCAAAGUUGAAAGUGGGAAAGGCGCGGUGCCGCUCUGGAGAUGCCGAGUCUGUGCGUUCAACCCGGAAGGUCUUCCGUUUAUUUGCUAAAGAAGACCACAGGUCCUGCAGAUCCACAAAGAUUUGAUUCGGUCCAAAUCUUUUAUGGCCUCUGGCUGCACAUGGAUGUGGAUGACUGACACAAGCUCGCUCCUUCAUGACGUCUGUCAGUCUGCUGCUGUUUCAGUCUGCAGGUGACCCUGAUCUCAGCACACUGACUCAGCAUCAGUCUGACGAUCGUGGUGCACUGUCUGAAACAGGAGACUCUGACGUGAUGGGAAGAUUACUGGCCCGACCUGGACUUGGCUCACAUUUUGUGGCAGGAUGAGAGAUGAAACGCUUCAAGGAAGAAGAUUUGAAGUCCAGAUGCUAUGACUCAACUUUAAGACGGCGUCUCCUGGAUGAACGAGAACCUUCUGGUAAAGCAACAGUAUCAGAGCAGGUCUAUGAGGUGUUGACAGGAAGAAGGUGGAGGCGGCGCCUUCUUAAUCUGCAAAGCCCAGAAUAUAAAAGGGAUGCUGGAUUUUCCCUACGACAAGCCUAGCAUAGAAGUCCACUCAUCUGCUGAGCAGAGCAGCGCUGCGUCACACCCACUUGUCUGGCUGUUCUUCACCCAAGCAGCCGCAGAUUUCACCAUCACGACUAAGACCCCGAGAGCUGUCUCUGAAGCCAAGACUCAAAACGCUCCUGACAUUUACGUAACUGCUCAAAAUGAAUCUUGAGCCACCAAAAGCCGAGAUCAAGUCGGCUACCCGCGUAACUGGAGGCCCCGCCACCCCACGCAAGGGCCCCCCCAAGUUCAAGCAGAGGCAGACCCGUCAGUUCAAGAGCAAGCCUCCCAAGAAGGGAGUGCAGGGCUUUGGUGAUGAUAUCCCCGGCAUGGAGGGCUUGGGCACAGACAUCACAGUUAUCUGCCCCUGGGAGGCCUUCAGUCACCUGGAGCUGCACGAGCUGGCCCAGUACGGCAUCAUCUGAGCCUUCCUGCACCCCCCUGCUACCCUCUGAGGGUUCCAGGCGGGGCUUCUCAAACCAUCUGCCUCCGGCUCCAUCUCAAACACUUACAUGGAACCGCUCCAAAGAAACAAGUACAAUGAUGAACUGCAACAAACAUAAAAAAUGGAAAAAUGUGGAAAAAAUAAAAAAAAGGUCUUCUUUGUUCUA